CGGUGCCGGCUCUGCGGGGCGUCGCAGCCCACCCCGGCCCAGCUGCCCGGAGCCCGAGCCGCCGUCGCCAUGUCUUCCGGGGCCAGCGUGAGCGCCUUGCAGCGCCUAGUGGAGCAGCUCAAGCUCGAAGCCAGCGUGGAGAGGAUCAAGGUUUCCCAGGCAGCUGCAGAACUGCGGCAGUACUGCAUACAGAAUGCCUGCAAAGAUGCCCUGCUCGUUGGUGUUCCAGCUGGCAGCAACCCCUUCCGGGAGCCCAGGUCCUGUACUUUACUCUGAAGACUGCUUUCUUCCCAGUAAGGAAGAAGUUCAUUGAGGAAUCCCUUCAAGCACAGUGAUGAACGACUCCCUCCAAGUUUCAAGAAAAUGCUUUUGUUUCAUCAAAAGACUUUUAGAUAUUUCACACCUUUCUUGUGGUCGGGCCCAGAAGCCAAAUUUCUACAAAAGUUAAUAAUUUUCUACUCAGAUAAGGAAAGUGAGUGAAGGAGUAGGGUUUUAAAUAGUAAUGGUCUGGUUCUUUUGCCGAAGUGCUUUAUUUUAGUAAACAAGAACCUUAUCAAUAAAUACACCUCUUUCAUAAAUGAACUAUUGGUAGUGUCAUUCCUGGAAUACCGUGCAUGUUUUAUUUACUGAAUGUUUACAUUUUAGGAAGCAAAGUAUUUUUGUCUAUUAAAAAUUGAAUAUUUGUAAUUUGUUGUUCCUAAGA